UCAACGGAAGCGAGGGAAGCUCAGUUUCUCUUAGAUCUUCCCCAAUAAAAAAAGUCUCGAGCUUUCGGAUCAGGUUACCACACCACUCUACUGGAUUUGAUCAUGUCUGUGUUGAGACACCUGCUAAUGUUCGUGGGUUUGGUGAGACUUGAAGCUACGGCGUCGUUUUCCCCGGGAUCGCGUUCGAUUCUCCGGGACAUCGGCAAUGCCAUCGCCGAUGAUCAGAAAGAUAACGCCAUUGAAUUGAACGCUACCAACUUUGAUUCAGUCUUCCGAGACACACCCGCCAAAUACGCCGUUUUGGAGUUCUUCGCUCACUGGUGUCCUGCAUGUAGAAACUACAAGCCGCAUUAUGAAAAAGUCGCAAGGCUCUUCAAUGGACCAGACGCUGUACAUCCUGGCCUCGUUUUAAUGGCCCGAGUUGAUUGCGCAGUAAAGAUGAAUGUGAAGCUCUGUGACAAGUUCUCCAUUACUCAUUAUCCUGUGCUCUUUUGGGGCCCUCCCAGAAAGUUCGUUGGUGGCAGCUGGGGUCCUAAGCAAGAUAAAAGUGAGAUAAUCCUAAUGGAUGACUGGCGCACUUCUGAUCUUUUGCUGAGCUGGAUUAACAAGCAGAUAGGCAGUUCUUAUGGCUUGGAUGAUCAGAAAUUUGGAAACGAUCAUCUCCUGCCUAAUAUGUCUGACCAUGAACAGAUUUCUCAGGCUUUAUAUGACAUUGAGGAGGCAACUGAAGAAGCUUUUGAUAUCAUUUUGUCACAUAAGGCAAUCAAGUCAUCUGAAACAAGUACUUCAUUUAUCAGGUUCCUCCAGCUUUUAGUGCCACAUCAUCCUUCAAAAAGGUGUCGCAAGGGAAGUGCUGAAAUUCUCUUGAAUUUUGAUGAGUUGUGUCCGUUAGGCGAAUGCUCUUAUGGCCAUGAUUCUGCAGUGGAAAACAAUACCCUGCGAAGCUUCCAUAUAUGUGGAAAGGAUCUUCCGCGUGGAUAUUACAUGUUUUGCCGUGGCAGCAAGAACGAAACUAGAGGAUUCAGCUGCGGAUUAUGGAUCAUGAUGCAUUCGCUUUCCGUGAGGAUCGAAGAUGGAGAAAGCCAGUUUGCAUUCACAGCCAUUUGCGAUUUCAUCAACAACUUCUUCAUGUGUGAUGAAUGCCGCCAGCAUUUUCACGACAUGUGCUUAAGCGUGAAAACUCCGUUUAAAAAGUCACGUGACAUCGUCUUGUGGCUGUGGAGCGCUCACAACAAGGUCAACGAGAGGCUCAAGAAAGACGAGGCCUCUCUCGGAACAGGAGACCCCAAGUUCCCGAAGAUGAUAUGGCCGCCGAAGCAGCUUUGCCCGUCGUGUUACCUUUCGAGCACCGACUGGGAUCACGAUGAAGUCUACAAGUUCUUGAAGAAGUACUACGGAGAGAAACUUGUGUCAUCUCACAAGAAAAACGGUGACGGUGGGAGCAAGGAGGAGGUGGUUGUUGCAGCAGCUGCAGAUGAAAUGGCGGUUCCCACCAACGCUCUAGUUGUGCCGGUGGGAGCUGCGUUGGCCAUAGCGCUUGCGAGCUGCGCGUUUGGGGCGCUUGCGUGCUACUGGAGGACGCAGCAAAAGAACCGGAAGUAUUACCAUAAUCCGCAUUAUCUAAAGAGAUAUAACAGUAACUUUAUGGUUAUGAACACGUUCAGUAACAAUGAAAGCGAGAGGGAAAAGGAGAGAUAAUAAUUUAACAGAGGAAGUAGCUCAUAUGUUUUUGACAAUGGAGAGGAAUUAGCUGGAACUGAAGCUGAGCUUUGCUUUUUGUCGUAACUUACAGACAGAUACAAAGACAUUUGAGGUUGAGAUGCCAAAGUCGCCUGCCUCAGUUCUCUUUUUCUCUUCUCUUACAGAUUGUAUAGAUUCUUCUCUUCGAUUUUGGAAUAUAUACAUUUAGACCCCUUUUUUGAUAUCUAUAUAUGUCAAAACAGAAUAGCUCCUUUUUAAAAUUCUGUUUUGAUGGCCAUCUUCUUCU